UUAAAGAAGGUGAGGGAAGAAAAGAAUACAGGAUAAGAGGAGGAAUCGUUGCCCUGUGUUCCUCUCUGUUAUAAUAGUUUCUGACGAAUGUCAUUUGCUUUGUGUGCAUGAGUUUUUUCAUUUCCUGUUUCUUUAUAUAUGGCUCUUACAAUCCUUUCUUCCGUUUAAAUGCUGACAACUGCUGUUUGUAUUGUGUGCGUGAGUGUUCUGUUUGGUGUUACUGUAGUUCCUGAAAGAACAUGCUGCCAUGGCAGCAUCAGAAAUCACUGCCGAAGCUGUUGAUAGAUUUGUCAAUGGUGUAGCCGCCAUCAAUUACAUCGAUGCUGGCGACAAACCAAUUGCCAUGUCUGGGGAGAUGCUUGAUCGAUUGUCACCGGAAGCGAGCACAAGCUAUUGGACUUCUCCGUCUUGGGAGACAAGACGUAGCAGCAAAAAAGGGCCAGAGAUAGGAGUUGAUGGUGAAAUGGUGAUGGUCUCGGGUGCAGAGAAGAUUUCGGGUGGGAAGUACAGUACAAAUUAUCCCAGUAACAUGGAAGCUUCUACAUCAAGUUUGGGAACAAGCCUAUAUGAGGAGGUCUUGACUGAUACUGUGGGUGGGAAGGAGAUUGGCAAAAGUUUAGACAGUGGCAGCAAGGGUGUCACUGUUGGGGAUGGAGCCAUGCGAGGAGGCAAUGCUGGAGGUGGCGGCGGUGGUGGAGGAGGUGGGGGGGUAAGGAAGCUAGGGCAGCGAGUGGUAGAAAUGACUGGACCAUGGUCAUUAUCUCCAUCUUCACCAUCUUCCUCUCGUUCAUUGUCACCGUCUUCGUCACGUUCGCUUUCCCCUUCUCGGUCUAGUUCUCCUUCUCGCACAACGCCCCCUUCUCGUUCUAAACCCCCCUCGUUCAAAUUCAUGAGAAGAGCCACCUGUACAACAGAAGGAGGAGUUCACGAACAACUCACAAAGAGUUUGCUGGGCCCAAGGAACCCUGGUGAUGGCGAAGCUCGUGGUGGUCUGGAUGGAUACACUGAUGCAGAUUCUUCACGGGCUCGACUCGAAAACAUCCUCGAGAAUGGCUGCAAGAAUGAAGGUGAUGGGAAUGGUAUUUCUGGAGACAAAGGGAAAGAAAUGGGAACUAAGCUUUUCGGGACAAAGGACAAGUUGGACAGCCAUGGUCAGUCUGUAAGUGAGCUGCCUACUGAUGAAAAGGGAAAUCCUGGCGUUGUCAAUAUGACAAGGGAAAUGGGUUUUGUUGGAGAUAACCAGCUUGAUGUGGCUUCACUGGCAGUCCUCAAAGUGUUUGACGCAUGGGAAAUGCAGAUAGUAUCAACCUGGCAUGCUGAAAAAGGGAGAACAAUCGUCUGGAUGAGUGUCCACUAUGUCGAUCGAAAAGGUCUUCUUGCGGAUGUGUCGGCCAUAUUUUCAAAGCAUGGGAUUGGAAUUCAGACGUUCUCGGCUGCUCAGUUUAUGCACACAUGAAACUGUUGAAUUGCACACGUGAGUUCGAAUCCAGCGGCGACCACAAUAAAAUAGUUCUGAUUUA